GGUCCCGGUCCCGGUCCCGAUCCGGACCCCCCGCACCAGGUGUGACCGUGCGCGCUGCGGGAGGGGCCGGGACAGAGCCCCCUGCCCGGGGAAACGGAGUUCGGGUGGUCACGGACAGAGGACCAGAGCAGAGCACCAUGAAGCACCCCGAGAGCCAACAUCCCUGAAACACCCAUCGCCUCAGGGAGGACCCUCCAGAAACCACACGGAAGAAGGGAAAAUGAGGCUUUUCCGGAGACGCUACAGCCCCUUGAAGGUGGCUUUGGCAGGCGCCAUCUUCAUCAUCUUCCUCUUCAUCCUGCAGAAGGACGUGGGGAACAAGGAUGUGCAUGAGGAGCCCUGGUUGAAGAACAUCGUCCAGGGGAAGGACCAAGUCCUUGACCUGAUGAUGGGGGCGGUCAACAACAUCCGGGACUCGAUGCCGAAGCUGCAGAUCGGAGCCCCCGUUCGGCAGGAGGAACCUGCCCCCAGCGCUCGCUCCUGCCUGCCCGGUGUCUACACAGCGGCGGAGCUGCGGCCACUGAUGGAGAGACCCCCCCAGGACCCCGCCAGCCCCGGAGCUGACGGCAAAGCCUUCAAGAAGGAUCGAUGGACACCGGAGGAGACGAAGGAGAAGCAGCGGGGCUAUGAGAAGCAUUGCUUCAACGCCUUCGCCAGCGACCGCAUCUCCCUCCAGCGAGCGCUGGGACCCGACAGCCGCCCACCCGAGUGCAUCGACCAGAAGUUCAAGCGGUGCCCGCCCCUGCCCACCACCAGCGUGGUCAUCGUCUUCCACAACGAAGCCUGGUCAACGCUGCUGCGGACGGUGUACAGCGUCCUGCACGCCUCCCCAGCCCUGCUGCUGAAGGAGAUCAUCCUGGUGGACGAUGCCAGCACGGACGAGUACCUGAAGGACGAGCUGGAUCGCUACGUGGAGCAGCUCCAGAUCGUGCGGGUCGUGCGGCAGCAGGAGCGCAAAGGGCUGAUCACGGCGCGGCUGCUGGGGGCCAGCGUGGCCAGCGGCGAGGUCCUGACCUUCCUGGAUGCCCACUGCGAGUGUUUCCAUGGCUGGCUCGAGCCCCUCUUAUCCCGCAUCGCCCAAGAGCCAACGGCCGUUGUGAGCCCCGACAUCGCCACCAUCGAUCUCAACACCUUUGAGUUCUCCAAGCCUGUCCAGAACGGGAAGCAGCACAGCAGGGGCAACUUCGACUGGAGCCUGACAUUUGGCUGGGAGGUCGUCCCACCCCGGGAGAGGCAGCGGAGGAAGGAUGAGACCUUCCCCAUCAAGUCCCCGACUUUUGCUGGUGGCCUCUUUGCCAUCUCCAGAUCCUACUUUGAGCACAUCGGCUCCUAUGACGAUCAGAUGGAGAUCUGGGGGGGUGAGAACGUGGAAAUGUCCUUCAGGGUCUGGCAGUGUGGGGGUCAGAUUGAGAUCAUCCCUUGCUCCGUCGUGGGUCAUGUCUUCCGCUCCAAGAGCCCCCACACCUUCCCCAAGGGCACCCAGGUCAUCUCCAGGAACCAGGUCCGCCUGGCUGAGGUCUGGAUGGAUGACUACAAGGAGAUCUUCUACAGGAGGAACCAGCAAGCUGCACAGAUGGCCAGAGAGAAGACGUAUGGUGACAUUACAGACCGGCGCAGGCUGAGGGAGCGGCUCCACUGUAGGAACUUCACCUGGUACCUCCAGACCAUCUACCCAGAGAUGUUCGUCCCUGACCUGACUCCAGCGUUUUAUGGAGCGAUCAAAAACGAGGGCACCAAGAGCUGCCUGGAUGUCGGUGAGAACAACCACGGUGGGAAACCGCUCAUCAUGUACCCCUGCCAUGGGCUGGGGGGCAACCAGUACUUUGAGUACACGAGCCAGCGGGAGCUGAGGCACAACAUUGGGAAGGAGCUCUGCCUCCGGGCGGGCGCGGGCUCGGCCGAGCUGCGCGAGUGUCAGUACAGAGGGAAACCCGGGCGGGUGCCAGCCAGCGAGGAGUGGGACCUGGCGCAGGACCGGCUGAUUAAGAACCCGGCCUCCGGGACGUGCCUGACAGCGCGAGGGAAGCACCCGGCGAUGGUUCCCUGCAACCUGGCAGACCCCCACCAGCUCUGGUCCUUCACCUAGAGCACCACAAGCCCCCCGAGCCGCCCCCAACCGCGCUCAGGAAACCAGAAUCCAAACCAAACUUCCUCUUUUUUAAUUUAAGAAGCAGAAGCCUUAAAUAUGCUGCAUUUCAAUGGUUGCCUUGAACUCAGUCCUGUGCCUUUGGAACAGCGAAGCCUGCUGAGCCAAGCUCAGCUGGCCGUACCCCCAGAGCCUGAAACGCGGCCCAAGGAUGCUCUUGGGUACCUGCUGCUCAUCCCCCCCACUCCCUGGCUCCAGCCAGAGACUCUGGAAUUCAUAUCGGGCAUUUAAACCCCCCUCCCUGCACCUGAAACUCCUGCCAGUGAGGAGGAGGACGGUGACCAGCCAGGCAGCUCAUUCCAUGGGAAGCUGGAUCAUGGGUUGUUGUGCCCCGUGUGGACAAGGGAAUUCCGCUCUCCUCCCAGUACUGCCAGGAUCCAGCCCUGGCCACCGUGGCGCUGCCAGGAUAUUGGAGUUGGGCCCAAGGGACCAGCCUUGAGGUGGAGGGGAAAUGAGGAUCCUUUUAUUACUCUUUUUCUUCUGACGGUGACUCCUGGGUGCGACUCAUCCUCGCGCUGAGCUGGAGGGUGGCUCCAAUGCACAGCUCCAACGCACCGCGGCAUCCUCCCGGAGAGGCUCUCGCCAGUGCCUGGCACAACAUUCCUCCCUCCCUUGGUUCUCUUCAAGCCCAACUACUGUAGCUGCCACCUCAUUGCCAUGUCAUUUAGAAUGCGGGGAAAAACCCCUCCUGGAAGUGGCAUGGGGAUGGAAGAAUCCAUCUUUGGAUAUAUGACAUCGAAUAAAGAGAUGAUUUAUUUUAUGGAGA